AAUAACUUCUAGACCUCUCUAUUCUACUAGAGGUAUAUUAAUAGGAGUGGAUCAUAGUAGUAUACAAUUGAAUAUUGAGUCUAUUUCAAAUUAGGCAUCCAUUAUGAUGAAAAGGGCAAGUAUGGGUACAUUCUCCCCAAAGCAUUCAAGCAAGGAUGGUGUUAGAUCCAUUAGUUUGCCAACUAGAUCACAUCCAAGCACAGUUAGAAUUGAAGAGGAGUUGAACAAGCUUAAAUCAUGGGAGACAUCAUCAUCGUUUACAUCAAGGGUGGGAACAAUUUGCUUUGGUCUAUCUGGCCUUGCAGAAUUGUACAAAUGCAUAGAAGAUCUUCUAAAAUUGCCAUUGACCCAACAAGCACUAUGCCAGCACCAAAAUGAGAAAUGGGUCAAUGAGUUGCUAGAUUUCCCAUUAGGAUUCUUGGACCUAUUGGGCAAAACAAGGGAUGCUAUUCUGUUAAUGAAAGCAAGUAUUGAAGAACUUCAGUCUGCACUUAGAAGAAGAAGGGUUGGAGAUUUAGACAUGGAGAGCCAGUAUUGGAGCCUCAGAAGAAACAUGAGAAAGGAAUGCACAAAAUUUUUGCUUUUGUUGAAGCAGAUGGAUCAUGAGUCAUUUGGGGCCUCUCCUCCAAUGGAUCUUAAUGACCAUUUGAUUGCAGUGGUGAGAGUGGUGAGAGAAGCUAGUUGGAUCACCAGCUCCAUAUUUCAGUCACUUGUUGUGUUCCUUUCUUCACCAACCUUGAAACUAAAGCCUAAUAAGUGGGUAUUUGUCUCAAGGUUGAUGCAGAAGGGGGUGUUUGCUUGCAACAAUCAUCAGGGAAAUAUAAAUGAGUUGGAGAAGGUGGAUUUUGCUCUCAACAGUUUGGUUGUGGACAAUCUGAGCAAAGAUGCUGAGGCUGAGAAGAUUCAAUCUGCACAUGGAAGGUUAGAAGCUUUGGUGGUGGCCAUUGAAGAGAUUGAAAAUGGAUUGGAAUGUUUGUUUAAGCGUUUAAUUAAUACUAGAGUAUCUUUUCUCAAUAUAUUUUCUCCUUAGGUAGAAUAUAGCAAGCAUGUGUAGAUGAGAACUCAGAGCCAAUUAAGGCCUUGUGCUGCUGGCAUUUCCAAUGUACAAAUUAAUAGAGUUGUCAAACAUGUAACAUGUACAUUCUGGUUGUUCUUCUUUAA